AGUGUUUUGGCCCAUCCCUCCGAUCCCUCCGAUCCCUCUGAUCCCUCCUCCCACUGCUUCCGCCCCAAAGCCUUCCCUUUUCCCCAUCUCUCUCGCCGGACCCCGUCCGCUCGCGUCAACUCGGAUCCCGGCAUCUCCGCUAUCCCCGUUCCCCCAGCGCCGCCACGAUGAGCGGGAGAGGCGGCGGCGGGCGGCCGGCGGUGGACAAGGCGGCGGACUUCGCGAAUUACUUCUGCACGUACGCGUACCUGUACCACCAGAAGGACAUGCUGUCGGACCGCGUGCGCAUGAACGCGUACCGCGACGCCGUCAUGAAGAACAAGGCGCACUUCGCCGAUAAGGUGGUGUUGGACGUGGGCACGGGCAGCGGCAUUCUCGCCAUCUGGGCGGCGCAGGCGGGCGCGCGGCGCGUGUACGCGGUGGAGGCGACGGACAUGGCACGGCACGCGGAGACGCUGGCGCGGGCGAACGGCGUGGCGGAGCGCGUGACGGUGAUCCAGGAGAGCGUGGAGGACGCUCAGCUGCCCGAGAAAGUGGACGUGAUCAUCAGCGAGUGGAUGGGGUACUUCCUGGUGCGCGAGUCCAUGCUCGACUCCGUCAUCGUCGCGCGCGACCGCUGGCUCAAGCCCGGUGGCUCACUGUUCCCGAGCCACGCGCGCAUGUGGGUGGCGCCGGUGCACUCGAGCCUAUGGGAGGGGCGCAUGGGCGAGUACCGCAGCAGCAUGGGCGACUGGAGCAGCUUCGUGCGCGGCACCCGUGAGGACUACGGUGUCGACAUGGCCGUGCUGGACCACACGUACGACGACGAGCAGAAGAAAUACUUCCUCCAAACAGGGUGUUGGGAGUCACUGUACCCGUCGCAGGUGUUGGGGCGGCCUGUGAUGAUCCAUGAGAUCGACUGCGCCACGGCCACCGUGGCGGACGUGGAGGAGGUGCGCGCUGACUUCGCCACGCGCACCUUCGCCGCCGACAAGCCUGUCAACGCCAUCGGGGGGUGGUUCGACGUGCUCUUCAAGGGGUCGGCGUCAGACCCCACGGAGCACGAGGUGCAGCUGACGACGGCGCCCAGUGUGGACGAGGGCACGCACUGGGGCCAGCAGGUGUUCCUGCUGCCGCACCCGCUGGCCGUGCGCGAGGGCGACGACAUGCGCGGCUCCAUGCACAUCCGGCGCUCCAAGAAGAACCACCGCCUCAUGGACGUGGACGUGACGUACCAGUGCCAACACACCGACGGCUCCCUCACGCCCUCCACCAAAGCCGUCUUCUUCAUCGAGUAGAGCUUGUGCCUUUGUUUCUGAAUACCACGAUAUUGUAUUCAUUCCAUUCCGUGCCUUGCGCCACCCAACUCCCACACCCGGGCUGGGCUGCAUGCAGUUGCCCGAUCACAUGCCUGCUAGUUAGUCACUGACUGGGCUGACUUGUGCAAGAUAGUGAGCCUUUUUUUACUGUAGGAGCGUGUUUCCAAAACGUGCUUUUGUAUUGCUAGGAAGAAUACCUGAUAGUGAGUACAGC